UGAAAAGUCAAUAUAAAAAUGGCUCCAGCGAAGAAAAAUCAGAUUUCCCCGAAUAAAGGAAAUGCAAAUUUUAAUGACCCAUUUAUACUCUGAUCUUUUUUAUAUUUCCGUGAAAUAUAAAAGUUUUAGCAAACACCAAUGUCAGAGAGUUGGGAGAAAUGACAGCAUGUAGAAGUGUUAUUAUUGUUUUUAUUUUUAUGCUUUAUUUACAAGCAUUGAAAGGGAAUAGUACAACGCUAAAGCCUCGGAGAUGUGACGGGGAAAAUAAAUGCUGCUUCGGCUUUACAUGGGAUGAAGAACUGCAGGGCUGUAGAAAGUGUAGCACAGGGUAUUACGGCCUUUACUGUAAUAUGUCAUGUCCAUAUCCACAUUACGGAACAGACUGUGAUGAAAAAUGCCAAUGUGAACAACAGACGUGUAACUUUAUCACGGGUUGUUUAGACAACACAACAGAUUUUUAUGCAUCAUCGGAUCAGUCAUCUACAGACUCCUAUGAAUUCUUCACUAGUGUUACGACAUCAUCUAUACACAACGAAUUGUCUUUGAAAAGUCUCCAGUCGCCAUCUUCUAUUAAUCAAAUUAUUUCUUUUUCCCUUCGCGAUUUCCUUCUUUUUAUUGCCGGGGUACUACUUGUACUCAUUUUGAUCACAGUAAUCAAUGUUUUUAUAUGUAAACGUCGUGCUAAAAGAAAUUAUGUAGUUUUUAACGAGAAAGAAAUUAAAUGUGCAUUGAUUGAAUCAAAAAAUACUGUUAAAAAUACAUGCAGAAGAAAUACGAAAAUCAUAAUAUCACACUGCACAGAAAACAAUUCCUGCUUCUUGGAAAUUACAACAGACAAGGACAAUACAGACACCAAAAAUAGUUGCUAUUCAAACACUGAUGUUUAUAAAGAAGAACGGGAACAAAUCAGAAAAGGUGAUUCGAUAGAUGGCCAUACCCAAUGGCAUGUGUGCACAAUUCAACAAUUGAGACAAGACGAAACACUUUACAACAUCAGUCCAUGUUCUCAAUAUGAACUCGACUGCGAUACAGAAGUAAAGGAAGUCUCUGACGACAAUCAGUUAACAACUACUACGAAAGUUUCACAUGAAAAUGAAUACAUAAGUGUACCAUGCUGCCCAGAGUGUGAAAAUUAGCUACCUAAUAAUGCACAUUAAUGUCCUAAAAUUAUAGAUCUGAUAACUAUACUUCUCUGGUUUUGCUCAAACUAAUAUUAAAAUACAUAUAUUUGUUCCGCUUUGUCUCUAAAUAUUUCAAUAAAUGAAAUGCAAAGGAAAGAAAAACAUAUUCUUUCUCAAAAGUUGCAUUACAUAUUGAAUAUUAUAAAUUUAGAGAACACAGGGACCCCUGAAAGUACUACCUUGGAAUGAAUCCAAAUCAAAGAAGGAAAAAAAAA